AUGCGCCAGGCGCGAUUCGCUUCGUCACGAGAGAAGGCCACGGAGGCAGCGGUGGAGGCCACAGAGUCAGCUGUAAAGGAGAACGCGCCCAAGGUGGCGGAGACGGUUACCCAGGAGGCACCUAAGAAGGCUGGUCGCGGGCUCAAGAGGACGGUGAUCGGGACGACGUUGGCGGUGGGUGUGCUCGUGGGCUAUGUCUAUGCGACGGACACCAGGGCCAGUGUGCAUCGUUAUGGGGUGGUUCCGUUGGUGAGGAUGUUGUUUCCGGAUGCGGAGGAUGCGCACCAUUUCGGCGUGGAUAUCUUGAAGACGCUCUACAAGUAUGGCCUCAAUCCGAGAGAGAGAGGUAACCCGGAUGGAGAUGGGUCGUUGGUGACGAAGGUGUUCGGAUAUACCCUGUCCAACCCCAUUGGUAUCUCUGGAGGACUGGACAAGCACGCUGAUAUCCCGGACCCACUAUUCGAACUCGGACCUGCAGUUGUCGAAGUCGGUGGAACUACUCCUCUGCCGCAGGAUGGUAACCCCCGCCCGCGCGUGUUCCGUGUCGUCUCCCAGAACGCCAUGAUUAACCGCUAUGGUCUCAACUCCAAGGGUGCCGACCAUAUGGCUGCCGUGCUUGAGCAGCGUGUCCGCGACUUUGCUUAUGCCAAUGGAUUCGGAGACCACGCCCUGGCCGAGCAGCGCGUUCUCAAUGGCGAGGCCGGUGUGCCCCCAGGCAGUCUGCGGCCCGGCAAGCUUCUUGCUGUGCAGGUGGCCAAGAAUAAGGUCACCCCUGACAAUGAUAUUGAGGCCAUCAAGCGCGAUUACGUGUACUGUGUGGACCGUGUUGCCAAGUACGCCGAUAUCCUGGUCGUGAACGUCUCAAGCCCCAACACUCCCGGUCUCCGUGACCUGCAGGCCACUGCUCCCCUGACAGCCAUCCUGAAAGCUGUGGUUGGAGCUGCAAAGAGCGUCGACCGCACCACCAAGCCCUAUGUCAUGGUGAAGGUCAGCCCUGACGAGGACGCAGACGAGCAGGUCUCCGGCAUCUGCGAGGCUGUCUGGCGAUCCGGCGUCGAUGGUGUGAUUGUUGGAAACACCACUAACCGUCGCCCUGAUGCUCUCCCCAAGGGCUUCACCCUACCGCCUACUGAGCAGGAAACCUUGAAGGAAACGGGUGGUUACUCCGGUCCUCAGCUGUUCGACCGGACCGUCUCCCUCGUUGCUCGUUACCGGGCGAUGCUGGAUAUCACCCCAAAUACUCCUGAGCUGAUAGGAGCCGCUGCGGAGGCCACCACGACCGUGACACAAGUUGAGCCUGACACGGAGAACGUACCGCCGGUCGAACCUCCCAAGCCUUCGGACAUUCUCCCCCGGAAGGUCAUUUUCGCAUCUGGCGGUGUCACCAACGGCCAGCAGGCACAGGCGGUUCUGGAUGCCGGAGCCUCGGUCGCAAUGAUGUACACGGCAAUUACUUACGGCGGCAUGGGAACAGUCACGCGCGUGAAGCAAGAGAUGCGUGAGGGUAAGCAGCAGCAGCAGCAAUAG